UACACACAAUGGUGGCCCAUCCUCUUGCCAUUCUCUCUCCGGAAGAAACCAACGUGGCUCGUGAUCUCGUCCGCGCUGCCCAUCCCGACAACAUUCUCAUCGAUUUCAGAGAGAUUUUCCUGCAGGAACCCCCCUAAGCCUCAAUUAUUGGAAUUUCUUGCCCUUGAGCAUGCAGGUCGUCUCAGCCCAACCACACCACGCCCACCGCGCCUAGCCUUAUGCCAGUACGACGUCAUCGGCGCCGAUCGGAUCCCCGAGUAUCAGGAGUCGGUGGUCGACCUCGUCGCUCUCAAGCAGAUUAAACAUACCGUUGUGGGAAAGCAGCACCAUGCAUCCCUGACUUUGAGCGAAUUUGACGUGCUUGUUGAUCGGUGUAUGAGCUCACCUAUGUUCCAGGAAGCCAUUGCCGAGUUCUCUUUACCCGAUGGAUUCGAGGUUGUCAUUGAGCCCUGGCCCUAUGGAGGACUGGAUAAUACCGAUGAGAACCGUCGUUUUUUCCAGGGGCUAUGCUUUGCCCAAGACAAGCGAUCGGGAAACCCAGACUCCAACUUCUACUCCUUCCCUCUGCCUAUUAUCCCUGUUAUGGAUGCACACACUCAGAAGAUCAUCCGUGUUGACCGACCUGCAACAGGAGGUAAGGGAGAUGGGUUGUUAGAACAAACCUUCAACCGUGCUAUCAUUGGUCACUGCAAGCCUUCCGAAUAUGUGCCCGAGCUGCUUACCGAAGGAACUCGCGCGGACCUCAAGCCACUGAACGUCGUGCAACCCGAGGGUCCCUCUUUUCGCGUCACUAACGAGUCACUGGUCGAAUGGCAGAAGUGGCGGUUCCGCGUGGGCUUCAACCCACGUGAAGGUGCGACGAUCCAUGAUCUGCGGUACGAUGGCCGUAGCGUGAUGCAUCGGCUGGCCAUCAGUGAAAUGACCGUACCGUACGCCGAUCCUCGUCCUCCGUUUCAUCGAAAGCAGGCCUUUGACUUUGGCGAUGGCGGUGGUGGAAACAUGGCCAACAAUCUCUCCCUUGGGUGUGACUGCCUUGGAGUGAUAAAAUACUUUGAUGCCGUGAUUACACAACCAGAUGGCACUGCCGAGAAGUUGCCUAACGCAAUUUGCCUUCACGAGCAAGACAAUGGAAUCGCUUGGAAGCACUCCAACUGGCGGACCGGCCGAGCUGUGGUCACUCGUAAUAGGGAGCUUGUCGUGCAGUUCAUCAUCACACUCGCGAACUAUGAGUAUAUCUUCGCCUACAAGUUCAACCAGUCAGGCGACAUCAUCGUCGAGGCUCGGGCGACCGGCAUCUUGAAUGUCGUCAACAUCGAUGCGGGCAAGGUCAGCGACUAUGGUAACGUGGUCAGUGGAGGGGUCCUCGCUCAGAAUCACCAGCACAUUUUUUGUGUCCGCCUAGACCCGGCUAUUGACGGACAGAGGAAUUCGGUGGUGGUGGAAGAGUCACAUCCAGUUCCAAUGAACGCGGUCACCAACCCCAAUGGCAAUUUCUAUCAGAUCACGAAAAAGACCGUUGAGCGAGCAUCCUGGAUCGAUGCGGCCCCGGAAUACAACCGGACAAUCAAGAUGAUCAAUCCACACAAGACUAACCCCAUCAGUGGAAAUCCCAUUGGGUUCAAGUUCAUCCCUCUCGCCACCCAGAAUCUUUUGGCCGAUCCAGAAUCUGUUCAAGCUCGCCGUGCUCAGUUUGCCCAGCAUCAUGUGUGGGUGACAAAAUAUCAGGACAACGAGCUGUAUGCGGGUGGCCGGUACACCCUGCAAAGUCAAUCUGAAGUUGAUGGCGUUGCAGACGCCGUUCGCCGAGGUGACUCUGUAGCUGACACCGACGUUGUUGUUUGGAACUCGUUCGGCAUCACCCACAACCCUCGCGUGGAAGACUGGCCCGUCAUGCCCGUUGAAACAUUUCAGCUUAUGAUUCGCCCGGCGGACUUUUUCGUAGAGAAUCCUUCCAUCGACGUUCCCUCGAAUAAGAACGUAUCUUCACGACUGGCAGAUCAGGAUUGCUGCCGUAGGGCUCAUAUCUAG